GACGGCCUCUCCUCGAUCUCCAUCCAUCCACUGCUACCUAGUCAAGAGUCAUCUGAACUCGCAAGAACCAGCCAAAGAUUCCACAAUGGGGCCUGUAACUCCCCGUCUGCUUGCGGGCUUCGGUGCCGUCCUGCUAGUGGCAGUACUAGCCCAUGGUGUAGAACCCGAGAUGGCCACCAUGGUCGUCGGCUUGGCCAAGUGCGCCGACUGCAGCAGGAAGAACAUGAAUGCUGAGGCAGCAUUCAACGGCCUAAAAGUGGCUGUCAAGUGCAAGAACGCCGACGGCGUGUUCGAGACAAAGGCCCUCGGCGAGGUUGGCAAGUCCGGCGCCUUCAGCGUCCCGCUCACAGCGGACCUCCUCCGCGAGGACAGCGAGCUGAAGCAGGACUGCUUCGCGCAGCUCCACAGCACCACCAACCAGCCAUGCCCCGGACAGGAGCCGUCCUGGAUCGUCCGGCCGUCCAGCGACGACGACAAGAAGAAGACCUUCGUCGCAGUCGCCGGCAAGAUGCACUACUCAUCAAAAGAGUGCGCCUCCGCGUUCCUGUGCGACCCUUUUCACAAGAAGCACCUCUUGCACAAGAAGCCCAUCAUGAUCCCACACAUCCCCAAGAAGCCCAUCGUGAUCCCCCAUUUCCACAACAAGCCUGUGCCCGAGCACAAGCCGCCGACGCCCGUGCCGGUGUACCACGCGCCCGUGCCGGAGUACAAGCCGCCAACGCCCGUUCCGGUGUACCACUCGCCCGUGCCGGAGUACAAGCCACCCACUCCGGAGCAUUCCCACCCGACGCCGAUCUACCAUCCUCCUGCCGAUCAGAAGACCCAGAACCCCGAGACGGAUCCUGAGAAGUUCAAGAAGCUCCUCCCCUUCAUCAAGAAGAACCCCUUCUUCUUCCCCAAGUUCCGCAAGUUCCCUCCUGGCAAGGAGGAGAUCAAGGCUUAGAGAGAUCGGUCAGAGCCCAAGCAUAGUUCUUUGGUCUGCAUUCGUAAUGCUACGUGGAUCCUUACCUCUUUUGGUCUCUUGAGGUUGUUCAUUAGCUCUUAGCCUCUUACAAGCCUCCAGCUUAUACUAGGAAUAAAGCAUUUGUUCUGGGGAAUGAGGAUGUAGGCCUGGACGAAAUUAUCUUAAAUUUGGAUAAUUACAUAUAAGUAUUUGCAUUUUCCUACGGUUGAUGUUUCCAUGUUGACUGUUGUCAAAUUGUUCAUGUUGGUCUGUGAUUAAUACCAUGUGUCAUUAUCUUGAUAAA